GGCAGCCUCCAUUUGCAUGUGAAGUACAAAGUUUUCGUUUCACUCCACGAAUUCAGCGUCUGAAUGAACUGGAGGCAAUGACAAGAGUGAAGCUGGACUUCUUGGAUCAGUUAGCAAAAUUUUGGGAACUCCAAGGAUCCAAUUUAAAAAUCCCUGUGGUGGAGAGGAAAAUACUGGAUCUCUAUGCUCUGAGCAAGAUUGUUGCCAGCAAAGGAGGCUUUGAAGUAGUCACUAAAGAGAAGAAAUGGUCUAAAGUAGCAAGUCGGCUUGGCUACCUGCCAGGAAAAGGCACAGGGUCUUUACUCAAGUCUCAUUAUGAACGGAUCUUGUACCCCUAUGAGCUCUUUCAGUCUGGCGUCAGCCUUAUGGGCAUCCAAAAGCCAAACUUGGAUCUUAAGGAAAAAGUAGAGGCUGAGGACCUCAGCUCAGAUGCCCAGGCUUCCCCAAAGCAGGCUUCAAGAAUGAACGUCGUGCUGAAGAGAACCAGGCGCGUCAAAUCCCAGGCGGAGGCAGGAGAAAUGAGUAGAAAUACUGAACUGAAGAAGCUUCAGAUCUUUGGAGCUGGACCCAAGAUGAUGGGACUGGCAUUGGGAGCAAAGGAUAAAGAGGAUGAGGUGACACGAAGACGUAAGGGAACCAGAUCAGAAGCAUUUGGAAUGCAGAUGAGGCAACGCAAAGGAACUCUUUCUGUCAACUUCGUCGAUCUGUAUGUUUGCUUAUUCUGUGGCAGAGGAAAUAAUGAGGACAAACUGCUACUGUGUGAUGGAUGUGAUGACAGCUAUCACACUUUUUGCUUGAUUCCUCCUUUACCUGAUGUACCCAAAGGUGACUGGAGGUGUCCAAAGUGCGUUGCCGAGGAAUGCAACAAACCCCGUGAGGCCUUUGGAUUUGAACAAGCAGUCAGGGAAUAUACUCUCCAGAGCUUUGGUGAAAUGGCUGAUAACUUCAAGUCUGAUUAUUUCAACAUGCCGGUCCAUAUGGUUCCCACUGAGCUCGUAGAAAAAGAAUUCUGGCGCUUGGUGAGCAGCAUAGAAGAAGAUGUCAUUGUGGAAUAUGGGGCUGAUAUCUCAUCCAAGGACUUUGGAAGUGGCUUCCCAGUGAAGGAUGGCCGACGAAAGCUGAUGCCAGAGGAGGAGGACUAUGCGCUUUCUGGUUGGAACUUGAAUAACAUGCCAAUUCUAGAACAGUCAGUCCUUGCUCACAUCAAUGCAGAUAUCUCUGGCAUGAAGGUACCUUGGCUGUAUGUAGGGAUGUGCUUCUCCUCAUUUUGCUGGCAUAUUGAAGAUCACUGGAGCUAUUCCAUCAACUACCUGCAUUGGGGAGAGCCGAAGACAUGGUAUGGUGUGCCCUCUCAUGCAGCGGAGCAGCUAGAGGAUGUGAUGAAGGAAUUGGCUCCUGAGCUAUUUGAAUCCCAGCCUGAUCUCCUGCAUCAGCUGGUCACUAUUAUGAACCCCAAUGUGCUGAUGGAACAUGGUGUACCAGUAUACAGGACCAAUCAGUGCGCUGGCGAGUUUGUUGUGACCUUUCCUCGUGCCUAUCACUCUGGAUUUAACCAGGGAUAUAACUUUGCUGAAGCUGUGAACUUCUGCACUGCUGACUGGCUUCCCAUUGGACGUCAGUGUGUGAGUCAUUACCGAAGGCUAGGACGUCAUUGUGUUUUCUCCCAUGAAGAGCUGAUCUUCAAGAUGGCUGCAGACCCAGAGUGCUUGGAUGUUGGGCUGGCUGCCAUGGUCUGCAAGGAGAUGACUCUAAUGAUAGAGGAAGAGACACGGUUAAGGGAGUCUGUUGUACAGAUGGGAGUGUUGAUGUCUGAAGAAGAGGUGUUUGAACUGGUUCCAGAUGAUGAGCGUCAGUGCACUGCUUGCAGAACCACGUGCUUCUUGUCAGCUCUUACGUGUUCCUGUAAUCCUGAGCGUCUGGUAUGCUUAUACCAUCCGUCUGAUUUAUGUCCAUGUCCCAUGCAGAAGAAGUGUCUAAGGUACCGAUACCCACUAGAAGACCUUCCUUCUUUGCUGUACGGAGUGAAAGUUAGAGCACAGUCUUAUGACACUUGGGUCAGUAGAGUUACAGAGGCUCUGUCUGCCAAUCUCAACCACAAGAAAGAUGUGAUUGAGCUGAGAGUAAUGUUGGAGGAUGCAGAAGACAGGAAAUACCCAGAAAACGAUCUUUUCCGCAGGCUCAGAGAUGCUGUGAAAGAAGCAGAGACCUGUGCUUCAGUAGCACAGCUGCUUCUGAGCAAAAAGCAAAAGCACAGCAGACAGAGCCAAGACAGUGGAAGGACACGCACCAAGCUAACUAUGGAGGAGCUUAAAGCAUUUGUACAGCAGUUGUUUAGCCUGCCCUGUGUUAUCAGCCAGGCCCGACAAGUAAAGAAUCUGCUCGAUGAUGUGGAAGAAUUUCAUGAGCGUGCUCAAGAAGCUAUGAUGGAUGAGAUCCCAGACUCUUCCAAGCUGCAGGACUUAAUAGACAUGGGCUCUGGCCUUUAUGUAGAACUUCCUGAACUGCCAAGGCUGAAGCAAGAACUGCAGCAGGCACGGUGGCUGGAUGAGGUGAGGUCCACCCUCUUGGAUCCCCAGAGAGUCACCCUAGAUGUGAUGAAGAAGCUGAUUGACUCGGGUGUGGGCUUGGCACCACACCAUGCUGUGGAGAAAGCCAUGGCUGAGCUGCAGGAGCUGCUUACAGUUUCAGAGAGGUGGGAGGAGAAGGCCAAGGUCUGCCUGCAGGCCAGACCACGCCAAAGUAUGAUGGCUCUGGAGGGCAUCGUGAAUGAAGCAAAGAACAUCCCUGCUUACCUGCCCAAUGUGCUGGCACUGAAGGAAGCCCUGCAGCGGGCUAGAGACUGGACAGCCAAAGUGGAGGCCAUUCAGAAUGGGAGCAACUAUGCCUACCUGGAGCAACUGGAGAGCUUGUCUGCCAAAGGCCGCCCCAUACCAGUACGUCUUGAUGCCCUGCCACAGCUGGAGUCGCAGGUAGCUGCAGCACGUGCUUGGAGGGAGCGCACGGGAAGGACCUUCCUGAAGAAGAACUCAAGCUACAGUCUGUUACAGGUUCUGAGCCCUCGGACCGAUAUCGGUGUUUAUGGGAGCAGUAAGAAUAGGCGGAAGAGGGCAAAGGAGUUGAUGGAGAAGGAGAAGGAGAAAGAUCUCGACUUGGAAUCCCUAAGUGAACUGGAGGAUGGGCUGGAGGAGGCCAGGGACACUGCAGCUGUGGUGGCUAUAUUCAAGGAGCGGGAACAGAAGGAGAUUGAAGCCAUGCACGCUCUCAGGGCAGCUAACCUGGCCAAGAUGACUAUGGUGGAUCGAAUUGAAGAAGUCAAAUUCUGUAUCUGUCGCAAAACAGCUAGUGGUUUCAUGCUACAGUGUGAGCUGUGCAAAGACUGGUUUCAUAGUGGCUGCGUGCCCCUUCCCAAAACAAGUUCUCAGAAGAAGGGCUCUAGUUGGCAGGCCAAAGAAGUGAAGUUUCUCUGUCCACUUUGCAUGCGUUCUCGAAGGCCACGGCUUGAAACAAUACUGUCUCUGCUGGUGUCCCUGCAGAAGCUCCCUGUUCGGCUGCCGGAAGGGGAGGCAUUGCAGUGCUUGACAGAACGUGCCAUGAGUUGGCAGGACCGAGCGCGGCAGGCUUUGGCCACUGAUGAGUUGUCCUCUGCUUUGGCUAAGCUUUCUGUACUCAGCCAACGAAUGGUGGAGCAGGCAGCACGGGAGAAAACAGAAAAAAUAAUCAGUGCAGAGCUACAGAAAGCGGCAGCUAACCCAGACCUGCAGGGACACUUGACUAGUUUCCAGCAAUCAGCCUUUAACAGAGUAAUAGGGAGCGUGUCGUCAUCCCCACGGCAGACUUUGGAUUAUGAUGAUGAAGAGACAGACUCUGAUGAAGACAUCAGGGAGACAUAUGGCUAUGACAUAAAGGACAAUGCCAGUGUAAAAUCUUCUAGCAGCUUGGAGCCCAAUUUGUUUUGUGAUGAAGAAAUCCCCAUUAAAUCAGAGGAAGUGGUGACACACAUGUGGACUGCUCCCUCAUUCUGUGCUGAACACGCAUAUUCGUCUGCUUCUAAAAGCUGCUCUCAAGGUUCUAGCACUCCAAGGAAACAGCCUCGGAAGAGUCCACUGGUACCUCGCAGUUUGGAGCCGCCUGUAUUGGAGCUGUCACCUGGAGCAAAAGCUCAACUAGAAGAUCUAAUGAUGGUAGGAGAUCUACUAGAGGUAUCACUGGAUGAGACUCAGCACAUCUGGCGGAUUUUACAGGCUACUCAUCCACCCUCUGAGGACAGGUUCCUUCAUGUCAUGGAGGAUGACAGCAUGGAUGAGAAACCACUGAAAAUGAGAGGGAGAGACUCUUCUGAGAGGAAGCGGAAACGAAAGCUGGAGAGAGCAGAGCAGUUCUUUGGGGAUAUGAAACAAAAAUCUAAAGAGCUGAAAAAACUGGAAAAACCCAAGAAGAAGAAGCUAAAACUCACCAUGGAUAAGACAAAAGAGCUAAACAAGCUGGCAAAGAAACUGGCUAAGGAAGAGGAGCGGAAGAAGAAGAGAGAGAAAGCAGUUGUCACAAAGGUGGAACUAGCAAAGGAGAGCACAGAGAAAAAAAGAGAGAAGAAGGUUCUAGAUAUUCCUUCGAAGUAUGACUGGUCAGGAGCAGAGGAGUCAGAUGAUGAGAAUGCUGUAUGUGCUGCACAAAACUGCCAGAGGCCCUGCAAGGACAAAGUAGACUGGGUGCAGUGUGACGGUGGCUGUGACGAGUGGUUUCAUCAAAUUUGUGUUGGUGUCUCUCCGGAAAUGGCUGAAAAUGAGGAUUACAUCUGUAUAAACUGUGCAAAGAAGCCAAUGCAGGGACCAAGUAGCCCUGCUCAUGCACCACCUCCUCCUUUCUUAUUGAGCUACAAACUACCAAUGGAAGAUCUUAAGGAGACAAGUUAGCAACUACUUGAUGCCUGGAACUUUUUGGGAAACGGACCACUGAAACCCUACAGAAAGAGAGGGUUUGAAGCUAAUGUAGCCACUGAGCUUCACUUCCAAGGAUGUACAGACCUGCAGCAGAGUUGGUCCCUUCCUUACAGCUGGCUUCCUUCAUACAAUGGGGACGUCAAGGCACAGUGGUACCGACUCAUCUAUGCAGACACCACCUGAUUAGGAGCUCCAGCCAGUGUUUUUUGACUUGAGUAUUUCCAUCUUUGAGUGUGGCUGUUGCUCUUAGAGACUGAGCAAACCCGAGGCUGUUAGAUUAGACACUUCAGGGUGUUAGAAGUACGUGCUGGCAGUGGAGCUGGCCUGGAAUUGGUGGGCAUAGGCUGGAGCUUUUAGGCCUGCCAGGUUACCCUAAGGAGGUGACUUUGGAAGUUAUCUUUUGCCUCCGCAUGCCAACCCAGUGAGUAGGGCAGUGUCUUGGGAGAGUUAAGUUGCCUCCAUAUCCAGGCAGCUGACACUACACUAUAAGGAUGGGAGCAAGUGGAUGAAUUCCUUUUAAUUUCUCUUUUGUAGCUAAAGGGCAGGGGAGCUCAUGAUCUCAGAAAUCAGCAAAGGUUCUGUUUACCAAAAAAGAAACCAAACUCCUCUCCACUAGGCAACAUUUUUUUUCCUUAGUGGGGAACAGCUGAUCUUCCUGUCCUGAGGAGGGCCAGGAAACAUUGAUGAAGAUGUCUAGCUAGAGCAGAGCUUGGGAAAGGCAGAGUGCUUCCCUUUCCACAGGGGUGCCCUCUCCUGUUCUAGGCUUUGUGUAGAAUUCUGCACUCCUGCACGUUAAAGUUGUCUCACGCAGGAUGGAGCUGGCAAGGAGGUACAGCACCCAGGGCACCAGCUUCUGUGAUCUGUACCCAGGGAUGGGAAGGAAAGAAGACAGCCCACUUACCUCAGAGGUUACACUGACAUGUGCUUCUGUGAAAAGUUUCACUCACAACUAUUUCCAGUAUCACCAGGCUACGGGCAUGGCCUCAAGCGAUACCAGCAAGCAGUCUGCAGAUACUGUUCGCAGCGCAAAUCCCCCUCCCUGCUGGCUUUGCUGGAUGUGUACCAGUGUACAAUCAGCAACAGUUCUUGCUUGAAGUUGCCCCUGGCUUUGCCAGAGGACCAGAGGGCUUGGGGUCAUCCUGGGUGACAGUUGUUUUAGUAAAUCCAUUUUUAAAGAAGGACUUGUUUUUACUUUUUUCUAAAUGUCUCAGACUACUGACUUGUUCUAUAAAUAGAUUAUUUUUCUUUGAUUUUUUUAUACUUACCACUGUUAACCAGCAGCACAGACAGAGGUUCACAAAGCAAAAACCUGCCCGUGGGCUUGGGUUUUUUUACUCCAUUCCUUCCUUGUAGUACAAGGAAUUAGCAGUUACCUUCCCCAUUCUAGCCUGACCAGCUGCCUGUGUUUAAAUAGGUAAAUACAUUUCAUGUGCUACCUUUGUGUUUGGGUUUGUUCCUAUUAGUGGGGCAUCUGGGCCUUAAUGACUCCAGUGGAUGCUGGCUUUAUGUAUGUGAAUGUCUGAAGCCAGCCACUGGGCUGUCUUGUCCCCCUCUCCACUCGCUCCCUAUUGUGUUUCCAUUCUUCUGCAGUUCUAGGAGUGUUGUAAGUAGUGUCCAGUCUUACUAGGAGCUGGAUUGGGAUUUAAAGAAAUAUUGACAAAAACAAAAGUGUUCUGUCUUGACUGUUCUGUGUCCCUUCUCUUGUUCUCUGAUAUUUGGAAGUUUAUUUAUCUGGCAGAAUUAUCCAUCCAAAAAAAAAAAAAAAAAUUCAGCUCAGGUAGAUGAACUUUUAUUGGUUUGUUUUAUUUGUGCCUGCUACCUGGGAAAGGGAAGAUGUGCAAAAGAAAAAGAAAUAAGAUGGAGGGCAGAAGAUACAGGGUCUUGGGGAGCUUUGAGUGCAAAUCAGGCACAGACUUGUGCUCCUUAAAGACUAAUAUGGUGUUAAAAGCAAAAGCAAGCUGUGGUUAAGCAUGUGGCUGAACGGGCACCGUAGCAAACUUAAGAGUAUUAUUUGUUUACUUAUUUAUGAAGGAGUCUAUGCUAUAGCUAGACAUACCCUCUUUCUGCCUUCAGUUACAGUUUUUUUCUUCUCAGUGUACGCUUAGUUUUCGUAAACUGGUUUAAACAGAUGUUACUUUCCUUCAAGCUUUAACUGAUGGUACUACAUAAAUGUUUCCCUAUAUGGAGUGGAUAGACUAUCUGUCACAGAUGUUUAAUCGUUCCAGAAGUAGAUUAGUGCAAGAUUUCUUAAAGAAUCCCAGUGUUCUGUAUUAUUUCCUGACUCCUAGAAUCCGUGACACAACAGGGAAAAUAUGGUUAGCAUAUCCUGUUAGCCGCUGAGCAUAUCCUCUUAACCAUUCCUACAUUCUCUGUUGUGAUAAAGUCAUUGUUAUAUGUAAUUGCCAUCAACUGGAAAAGUGAUCUUUUAGUAAAUCUGCGUUGAAUGUUCCUGUUUCUCUGAGUAGAAGGUGUGGUGGAGAAUGUUAAUGGUAGCACUAGUUACAACAAACAGCUAUACGAUGCCAUGGUCAAUCAUUCUGCUUGUAACAAGCAUAGAAAAGAGUAAACAACAGAAAGAAAUGUGCAAAUAACAUGCAAAAGGUCCCAUUUUUAGUAGCUGUUUUUCAUAUCACAUGGAGAGGCUCUAUUACACUGUCGAAAGGAGGUUGCCACGCUUUUUCUAGUUACAGAUGUUUCAUCUGCUUUCGGGUAAGGUGUUCAUAAACCGAAGACCAUUACUAGCUUUACAUCUUACUGUUUAAGAUUAUUUUUUAAGAGCAUAAUUCCUCUCAAAGGAUUGCUGAUAGUAUGAACUUAUGAAUAAAUGUUAACUUUUGAAAAAAUGUGUAGAUAUGUAGUUAGUGGUUGAAAAACCUAAAGCUACAGCUGUGGUAUUGUCUCCAGAUCUUAGGGUUUUGAGUUUUUAUAAAAACAUGCAAAGAAGGAAGCUGAAGUUUAAACUAAGGAAAUAAUUUUCUUACGUGUCUGCUACAGCUGUAGGAAAAAUCUCUCAUGCUUUGGGGACAAAAUCUCAGUAUACACAAAACCUUAGCUCGUGUGUGUCUAGAAAGGUACAUGCCUUAAUGCUAUAUCCUACAAAGAAUACCAGCCACUGUUCAUGUUACUUCUCUUCAUGUGUCUGAUGCAAAAGGUCAAAGAAAUGACCUGAGCUGUUGUGAGGAACUAAAAAUGGCCAAGACUUGAGUUGUGUAUCUUAUCCAAACCAUGCGGUUUCAAGCUUUUUCUUUUAAGAACCAGGGCCUGGAAUUGGGAAGCUUUACUUGCACAGAGAUAAACACCGCUCCUGAACUUCAGUGCCAUUACUUUUAGGAUUCGUGCUUUUGACAGAUCAUCUGUACAUGAGUGCUUGUGCAGCCUGGACUAUUUGAUAAUGAGGGCUUAAGGUAAAAUUGAUGAUAUUAUGAAAAUUAUCUUAAGGGAUUUGGAAUAUAGUCAUACAGCAUAGGAUAAACAGAUGUCUGUGUGUUUUGUUAGCCACACUGUGAAGCUUGCAUUGAUCUUCUCAGUUUUUAGAAUCCUAGAGUAAUGUAGGUUGUUGGGAUAAUUUCUGGAGGUCAACCGGGUCAACCUCCUGACCAAAGCAGGGCUGACUUCAAAAGUAGGUCAAGUUUUUCAGGGCUGUGUCCAAACAUGUUUCUAGUAUUUCCAGAGGUGGGCAAUUGACAACCUCUCUGGCUUCCUUUUCCGGUUUUGUAGCAUCUUCAGUGUAAACUUGUCAGAUACUCACUUGCUGUAGCUUGCCUGGUGCCUCUUGAAGGAUCUGUCUCUGUAUUUUCUGAAACGGUCCAUUAGGUAGUUGAAGACUUCAGGCCCUGCAGCCUUAAUAUCAAAGCUGAACAAACCCAGCUCAGUCUCCUUUGAGCCAUGUCAUGUGUUGCAGCCUUCUAACAAUCUUGGUGGUCCUCAGAUGGACUUAUUUCAGGUUUGUCAAUGUCUGGUUUUGUACUGAGGAGCCCCAAACUGGAUAUUUUACUCCAGAUGUGGAUUACAGGUGUUGAAUACAGGGGAAAAAUAACUUCCUUUAACCUGCUGGCUAUGCAACCCGGUACAGCCUUGGCCUUCAUAGUUGCAAGGGGGAACGCUGCUGACUCCAAUUCAGUGUGUCCACUCUUAGCCCCAGGUCCCUUGAUUUAUUAUUUCUCAGGUGCAGGACUGAUGAACUUAACAGGUUUUCCAUUAGCACAUCACUCCAGUCAGUCAAGAUCCAACUGAAUAGGAGCCCUCUCCCAUGUUUUGGGUUGUCCUGCUGCCAUCCUCCCCCCAUCAUUCAGUUUGGUGUCAUCAGCAAACUUGAUGAGGGUGCACUCUACCCCAUCACCCAGGUGGGUAAGACAUAAAAUGGUAUUGUCUGCAGUACCAACCUGUGAGGUACCCCACUUGCAGCUGGCCACCUCCUAGGUUUCAAAUCAUUGACUCCUAAAGUCAGAGCACCGCAGUCCACCCUGGUUUUCACCCCCAUUGUGGGUUGACCGUCCACUCUGUGUUUUUGCUGUAAGUCAGGGUAAGCAACCACUGCCAUCCCCUCAUCCAUAGGACUCAUCAGAGGCGGCAGCCAGGUUGGGCUAGCAUGACAGUGGUGGCUAUUACUGGUCACUUUAUCCCUCACGGGCCUGGAUGUGGCUUUAAGGAGGAUUUAUUCCAUAAUCUUCCCAGGGACCAGCAUGAGGUGAGCUGCCCUGUAGUUGCCUGCAUCCUCUUCGUUUCCUCCUCUUUAUUGAACAUGCAUGAUGUGCAGAAGCGUUCAUCACAAUCCAUCAUGAAAAUUAUCCUCCAUACAGACAUUUUCCUAGGCUUCGUUCAUCAUUGUGGCAUAUAAGAUUUGAAGAAAAAAGCCAACCGAUUUGAAUUGCUCUUUGUAAGGUGCAUGGAAAACUAAAUGGCAGAGCCAAGCUUCUUCAAAUACUGCUCAUACCUAAACUCCAUGUGGGCUAGUGGGCAGUUAGGUCAGUCCCAUACAUCUAGGUACGUGUCCAAGCUGGUCUGGCUGAAGUCAAUGUUACUGAUGCAUGGUCCUUCUAUAUGCAGUUCUUCACGCUGGAAGAAAGGGGGGCAUCUCAUCUUCUAGGAGGAACGAAACAGCCUGCAGCCUUGUUCUUUCGAUGGUAGGCUGUUUUCUAAGCAGCUGCCCAAGGAUAGCGAUGGCCUUUGUUGUUGUGGUGGUCUCAUCACAGUUACUAGAAUAAACGCAACGCAGAAUUGUAGCAAAGUAAAGCAAAAAAUACUCGGAUACUCAUCAAGCGCUUACGAGACAUGCCUUGCUGUCGUUCUAGGUGCAUGUUGCAUACCUUUAAAAAUAGUGACCAACUGAAAGAACCGCUGUACGUGAGCAGUCAUUUUGUGUGCUGGAAAUGAAAGAUUUUAAAAGGUUGGAAAAAGUUUCCUAAAAUCGGUCCUGAAAUCACUGUUAACGCCCUUGUAAGAAACUGAGAACUGUGAUCUGCUAAAAGCAACAUUUGAGGCUUCCUCGAGUUAGAUGAAAUUGAAAAGCAGGGAACUCCUUCAAAUCCUCUCCAGCUGCGGUCGCUAAGAAUGUGUUUGGUCAGCCUGCCUGAGCCAAACAGGAACUCUGCUUGGAGCACCGAGGCAGCGGGGCCAUGCAAUAAAUCCCAGCCCUUAUCGAAAUUCUAGCCACGCUGGCUUUGGGAGGGUGAUAAAUGCGUAGGACAGCUGGAAACUGCACAGCAAGACAUUGAGAGCAUUGAGCCUUACGUAAUGAGGUGGCUCGAUGCAAAUGAACGGUAAGUUGCAAGGUAAAGGCAAUGGAAGUAGCAAGGAUUUAUUGAAAAACAGAAAUAUUUGUAAGGAGACAUGCUCUGAAUGCCUUUGAAAUAAAAGCUCUGCUGCAGUGAAUAGUUUCGAUCCUAGGUGGGGCGUUGUGUCUCAAUUGGAGGCUUUUCAGAGGCCAGUUUUGGCAGUCUGUAUCAAUCAUCCCCCCUGAAAAAAAAGUUGUUUAAAGCCCAGUGCCAGAGGGAACUGCCCUCGCUAAUAAUAUCCGAGAAGAGCAGCCGCCUCUGAACGCGUAGGUCCUGAGACCGCUGAUGUCACCAGCCAGCCUGGCAUCUGCGUUUAAAGGCUGGGUGAUGUGCCGGCAGAUCAGGCUGCUGCAUCCAUUCCCGGGUUGGUGCAGUCCAUGCUCAGUCUUGCAGCAACUCAGCAACUCGAGCCACCCGCCAGGCAAUGGGCGCACGGCGUUGCUCCCCAGAGAAAUAAGGUGUGCGCUACUGCUCUUCUGUGGUAAUAGCAGCGGAGCCUACACAAACCCAAAUCACAAAUUUGAGAAAUAGCUCAAGAUUUCAGUGGGACGUGAGAUGAGUCGCACAUUCUGUUUACUGCUGUCAGCUGGUGGUUUAACUUUUCCCUUUAUACAGCUGGAAAUUCAGUUCACCAGGUCUUUUUGUGUGUGUGUGUCCCUGCAAUGGCAUUAUCAGAGAGCAGUACUGUAAAGAUCAACAUCUAGACAUUAUCAGUGUAUUGGUAGCGUUGCAUCCCAUUAUUUCCUUGCUAGCUUUCCUGAUAGCCUCGUAUGCAGGAGGGAGGCAGGAGACAGAUGCCUUAGCUUUGCCUAGAAACAUUCUUGGGAGAGGCAAGCGCCACACGUCUGCCAGUGCCUGAGAAUACCUGGUAAAGAAGUGGAAUCAUCCAGUAGCAACCCUGCCUAAUGCUGAUGGGCCCCCAGGUGAGUGGUGGUGCUUCUGCUCUUCACCUGUUGCUAGAGGUGGGGAUCUACUGGUGCAGCUGUAAACCUUAUCCAGGUUUGUAUCCAUACUGGUGAGGUUUAAGGACGGCUGGGUUGCUUGCUUUCUGGGUGUUACACUAUGGCCUUCUCUUGUACCUUUUAUCCAAGACUGGCAGAGCAUCAGUCUUGGCUACUCUUCCCCCACCCCACCCCAAUUACCGCUGUAUGAAAGGAGAUGGUGGAGUAGCUUCCCAGAGGGAAACCAGAGUCUUUGCCCUGAGGGGUGGCCAGACUUCCCUGCUAAUCAGCAUGUCUGGAGUGCCUGCUGAUGGUGAAGGAGGGAAGAAGCUGACUUGGUCCAGCACUGAUGCCCUAAGCCCUGGACUACCACGCACCGUGUCUGCAGGGAACGUAGGUGCAGAAGAAAGUGGAUUAUAAGUGGUUUUCAGAAGAAUUAAGGUGUUCGGGAGAGUGCUUCCCACGAUGUUUAUGAUCCUUCCCACGAUGUUUAUGAUCCUUUAGUGGCCUUUCACAUCUCCAGUAUUUUUGCAAGCUGCAUUUUGUAGAAGGGAAUGGGUGACGGGUUACGAAUUGGAUAUUAAGGAUGCAGUACAGUGCUCUGAAAGGAUCCUGCCCUGUUCCUGAGUGUGCACGUGGGCACAGGGCAUUGAAGGUUGGGGGCUGAUUUUCCCUGGCUUCUGGUAGGAAGGCACUUGGAAUGUUCACGCCCCAGGAUUUAGGGAUGUUAGAAAAUUAAGAGAAUACAGAAACCUGAACAAAUAACAAAUAAUGGAAGAGAGUACACAGCAACAGAAAAGCUAUUCACAACUUAAAGGUGUUUGGGUUUGUUUUUUUUUUUCUUGCUGAAUAAGGCAAUUCUAGGAAGCUGAUGGGUCAGAUUCCUGUUUGGAGCUGAAAGCAGGCCCUUUUUUUUGGUUUUUUUCUAACUCUUGUUUACAGAGUGUGCACAGAGUGCUGCUGCGCAAGCAACACCUGAGAUUUCUGCAAAAAGAAACUUGCUUUGCUUUCACCUAAGAAACAGCUGUUCUGAGUCCCUGCUUCUCAGCUCCGGUGAUCUCAAAGAAACACAGUUGCUUCAUGUGCUUUUUGCUUUCUUCCCUCAGGCCUUCCCAUUACAGCUUGGGAAAUCCCUGUUCCAAGGGAAGUGAGGCCAAAGAGAAUCAGGACAAAUUCACUUUGCAGGCUCUUUUUGCUCCUCCCCAGCUGUUUUCCCUUCCCAGCAGUGGAGAUCUCACUUCCCACCCUUCUAGGGCUGCCUGUCUGCUUCCAGAGAAGCUGUGAGACUGCAGACUGCCUCUUGGGGUUAGCACCUUGCUGCUGUCCUGUCAGCCCUGGCUGAUCCUCCAGCUUCUCCCUCUACCAGACGGUUGCUGGAAGCGGAGACACUCUGCUGCUCAGCCUUCCAGGCAGCCCCAGGCUGAGUUUGGGAGCAGUGCGGGGGCAUGUGCAUCUUCAGACUACUUAAGACACUGGCUGUGAGCUAUUACCUGGGCUGUCGCAGUCAACGGGCUGGGUUGGGACAUUGCUUGGGUUCCUCACUGCAGCUGCACCGGCAAAGCCUAGUUUUAUCUCUCUCCAGUAAGUUGCUCCCUCCUGAAGUCCCUGUCUUUCCUCAUCAGUGAGCCGAAUGCUACGUCCAUGUUCAUCGUUAGGACUAGAUUUGGCUUGCAAUAAAAAGGGCUGUUUUCUAGCUUGCUCUGGUGUAAAUCCACAGCUUCUGUUCUAGCAGUAGGGUGUGUGCUGGUACUGCUACACAGUUCAAGCAUUGCUAUAGGAAACUUGUAGGGUAAAUAGCAUCAAAGACCAGUCCCAUUUUCCCCCUAGAACCCAGUUACGGUGAAUACCAAGACUAAAGGUUUAAUUGGCUCCAUAUUUUUAAUUAUUUCCCCCAACCGGACACAUCACCAUGGAUGCUUGCAUUUUUUUCUCUGAUCACCAUGAAAACUUCACAUUUGGGCUAUGACUGACUUAAUGAAACCACAUUUCCAGCAGUUGUCAGAUUAUUGGCAAGCAGUACCUGACCCUCUUGCAGUGGCCAGGAAUGAAGUGUUUUCUUUCCAAGAGAGUGAUGCUCUGAGCCUGUCUGCCUGAAGGAAAGUAAUUAAUUAAUUAAUGUUCAUUAUGGAAAUACCUUGUGUUUUUGUGUAUUUCUGUCUGACCUCUUGGUCAGGUCAGCCUCUGUAUGUUUUAUUUCAGGUAAGCAACAGUAUGUGAAUUCAUGGUGGUAAGAGGGUAGGUGGCUUGGAAUUUGGUAUUCAAAAGUGAUAGAGAGUGAAGCACGUGAGCAGCAGCACCACUUUCCUUCCCUCUGGGGAAGGCUGCUCUCAAGCAGUGCCAAGAAGCUACCUACCCCAUGUGGCUUUGCUAUAUCUCUGUGCCUGGUACCUGGGCACCAGGCCCCUGCUCCGCUGCCAUUCCUCCUCUUGACUGGAAGGAUUAACUUCCUUCAGGCGUCAGCUAGAUCUAAUUUGAGACUUUUUCAUCUCUGGCAUUCAUCAAUAGAAAAAUAAGAUUGCCUUAAUUUAACAAAACUUGCAAAUGACUCUUUACCUGAAUUUUUGAAGAACAAAAAUGUCUAAGACUGGAAGAAAGAUUCGGUGCCAUGAUAUGUUGCAACUGACCACCAGAACAGGAAUGACUUGUAGACCGGAGAUCAGCCUCAGUGUGAAGCUUGCUUCAGGCAGAAUCCCAUCUGUCUGGGAAGAUGUCUAAAGGCUCUAGGUCUUGCUCAUGUUAUGUCUUAAAUCCCCACCACACACUGAACCAGUUCAGUAGGUGAGUGGUAGGGAGCGUGUUUCCAGCAUGGUGAGCUCCUUUUUAAUCUCUCCGGAGAGGUAACUCAGCACUCUGAGGGUCUGCCUACGUUGCCUUACAGGGACCUCGGCAGGGCAGCCAAGGGGAAGGUUAGAGAAGAUGGUCAGGACAGGUCCCUACGCUUCCUCCUGCCCUGCCUCGGGCUGAUGGCGACUGCAGAAGCAAAAGGAGACAGAAGCCAUCUGACGAGCAGCAGCUGGGAGCGGACGGGCUCUGCGGUGAUCGCAGCAAAGCUCUGCAGUCUCUUUGGGGGUGCUUGGGAUUGAGUGGCGUUUCAGGGGUGGGCUCUGGGCUCCUGGGUGGUGCUUCUCUGAGCACAGCAUCCCUGUGCACCAUGUGGGCCCAGGAGCCCAGCUGGGGCACUCCUUGUGCUGAGAUGAGGGCUGCCUGGGAUGUUUUGAAGAAGUAAAGCCUCCUGGCAAUGCAGGGAAUCUGCUGUGUUUCUGAUUUUUGGAAACUGGAAAAAGUGAAGCCAUAUUGUAUUUCUUAUUGACCUUUUUUGAAAUGCCAAAUUUUUUCACUCUGUCACCUCUUACUUAGAAAACUUACUUCUGAGCAACUUCUUAAAACUUCCUCUCAUUCUGUCUGCCAAUGACUAUCUAUUGGAUUUUCUCCCAGAAUGGAAACUUCAUAUUCUGAGUACAGCAGUAGGGCUCUUGAAUUUAAAAGUACUCUUUCACUUCUUUUAGAGUAUGUUAAAAAAAAAAAAAAAGCAUGAAGAGAAGCUCUGAGAACACUGCCCAGACCAUGCAUGUUUAAAACCAGAUUAUGGGUUUUCUGUGCAAGAAUCAGUUAAGUGGGUGCAACCCUGUCUCACCUGUGAGAAAAACUUUUCCUUUUUGCUGAAGAACAUCCCACUUCCAGGCAGACAGGGUGCAGGGGCAGCUGAAAUCCCAGCUCUAUGAAUGCCUUUUUCAUUCUUUGUGCGGACAGUGUUUCAGAUUUAUCAUCUUCACCUCAGAGGAGCAAGGUGUGCAGAGAGUAAGGAAAGACCAUCAUGCCAAUGGUCCCAAUGUACAGAUCCUUCUCUACCCCCUGCUCUACCCUGUACCUAGUCCAUCUGCUGAUCUUGCGUCACUUCUGGGCCACUUAAGCAAUACUGCUAUCGUUACUAGCCUGCAAGUGUGGUUUCCUUUGGCGUAUGGUUCUCGAUAUGAAAAUGCCCUCUAAUUUAGCUCCUUGGCUGCAAGAACAAACUGGUGAGUUUUAUUUUCUUGAUGCAAACUAUCAAUUCUCACAUUGGGAGGUCAAUGACUAGUCUUCAGAAGGGUGGUGAUUCCUGCCCUUGCCCUAAAAUGUGCUCAGACUCUGUUCCCAGAGUUACUCUGGGGGUUACUCAGGGUUUGUUCAGGCUGCCCGACUGCUGGUGAAGGGUAACUAGGGAAGAGCCCUGAGGAACUGGUGGGAACUGAUGGAGUUGGAAGGAAAGCAGAAGGAGAUGCUAAAAAGAUUGAAGACUCCAGACUCAGGAGUCUUAGCUCGCUACUCAACUCUUGUUUACAUUGUAUAGUGUAUUAUAUAGGUAUCUAUAUAUCUGUGCUUAUAACUGCAUAACCUUGCAGUGCUUUUGGUUUUGUCCAUAAGUGAAAUGGAGACACUUUUGAAUUCUGAGCAGGAAAAACCCCUGUUCCUUGCUCAUCUGUGCAAAGGGCCGGAAUGUUUAACAGAGACAAGCUCCUAAGCAGAAGUCACAGCAGAGGUACGAUGCGAAGCGCUGCGGAUCUGCCUGCCUGGGCACUCCUGCUGCGUGUGUACGGGCACUACAGCUGCCCGCGUGUUCCCACCUUAGUCUUCGGUUUGCCAUUCCAGACGGGCAAGCGCACACCCGAGAAGCACUGCUGUUUCCAUCCUGUUCUGGGGGGAAACCGCUGGCACUGGAUGUAGCUGAGACAGUGGCGAUGGAAUCGGCAGCUCUGUCGCUGCCCCUGCCUUCCGCGGCUGGGAAUUCACGUUAUGGCCAAAGCAGGUCUGGGGGCACAGUCCUUCUGGUCUCGGCUUAUCUCCCCCCACUUUUGACCUUUGAUCAGAGGUGCACAGAGAGGGACUCACCAGCACGCUGUCAGCCUGAGCACUGAGUGCAGUGCGAGCAUCACCCUUGGCUUCCACGUGCAGAGAAGCGGAGGGUAUGGCAGCGAUAUCUGCACGUCAGGCUUCUCCAGUGCUGUGCUCGCUGUGAGCACGCCGUCCUGCGUUCGAGCUGGUCCCUGAGCUCUGGCUAGUGCAGGAGUGUCCUCUGUUUAUCUCCUGUAUGCAGAGCAUGGUGUCCACGGACGGUCGUAUCUUGCCCCACAAACAGCCUGGGUGCAAACGCGAGGCCUCUGCUGCUCUGCAGGCAUCCAGCGGGGACAGAGUUUUUCUUGCCCCGGGAUUCUGGCCGUUUGGGUGGUUAUUUGGAAGCAGAUAUUUGCUAGGGAGGCUGUGUCUCAAUGAGGCUGUCAAAAUGGUUGCAGUGGGAUCUUCCGUCAUGGCGGGAACUGCAGGCUCUUGUGAUGGCUUUUGGCUCCUGCCAUUGUAGUUUCAAAAUAUACGUGCCUUUCUGGGAGGGACCUUAGUGGCUGGGGGGGGGUCCUUUGUGCUUGCUUUGGCUUCUUUCUCCACUGAGCAGUCUCCAGGUUCCUGUAAUGUGCCAGCCAGUAUCAGCCUCUAUUUAUCCCCUUUCUGUGCAUAUUUGUGACAAUUUUGCUUGCUACAGCUGUGGUCAUUUAAGCUGAAUAAUAUUUUCAGGCUGAAAAGGCCAGUAGCAGGGUGGUUAUCAGAUAGAGAAAUGCAUCGUAUUUGCUCUGGCCUUUGGUUCCUAGAUAAUAUAACGGCAAAUUGUGUUCCUGGAAGCUGCGAGGUGGCUUGCAAGAUUACAUAGCCCCGAAAAAGCAUGGAGGCAGUUUGUCACAUGUGACGGAGGAACGGAGGGGGAGGUCAGAGCAGGGAGCACAGCUGCUCGUGGUGCUCAGCAAAGGUCAGACUCAGCUGAUGGCUUCUUCACCCCGGGAACGCUGAAGCAGCAGCAGCAGCAGCAGCAGCAAUUGUGUCCUGGCUGCUCUCCUAGUGCUUUGCUGGAUUAGGAGUGUAAAUCGAUUUGAAAGUUGCUGCUACUUGCAGAGCAGUAAGAGAUUGUGGAUGUCUCCCAGUAACCAUUUCCCUCUCCUCUUUUUUCCCCCUCAUCGUCCCUCUAAGUGGGUGCCUUUGAAUCCCUUCUUCUUUUAGGUUUGAACCACUUCUCCAAAGCACCAGCCACCCGGAGGAAAGAAAUCUAGUUAACACUCAUUCCCUGCUCAGCUGGAUGUAGAUGUGAAGCAAGACCAGACCUGGGAGUAGGUCCUGUGGUUCCUACUGGAGCAUGCAGGGCCAGCUCUCAUGUGUGUCGGCUGUGUAGGAUGGGGUGGGCUGGGGCCAGUUCUUGUGCACAUCUGACCCAGAAAAUGUCAAAGUAUCUCGUUAUCUCUGGAGAAAGCUCGUUCCAAGCUUACUUUGUUUGGGCUAUGAGCAACUUCCCCAGGAGCGCAGCCUCAGCUGCCAGUGGAAGACUAGGUAGGACCAAGCUGAAGACAGAAAUCUAGGCAAAUGUUGUAAGGUAAAGAGAAAGAUGAGCAAAAUGCAACACAUGUCAAGAGAGGAAUCGACAUCCUUGGAGAUCGGGAUUUUCCAGCCCUCGUCCUGGCUGAGGUGUGAGGUGCGUUGACAGAGACCCUCCUGGUCCAGUGCUCAUGCUCUUCUCCAGAAGGGGUGUUGGGGAAAAGUGGCUAAGCCAGCUGUGCACCCCUUGUGCCCUGUGCACGAGUGCUCUGCGCCAGCAAAGGCAGCUCAGCAGCCUGCCCGGACCUGGAAGCUGCUUCAGGACCCGCUCGGGGAGGCAUCGCUCCAGCACGGACUGUCCCAGUAAACGAUGGGUUAUGGCCCAGCCACGUGGGAUGGGGCUGGGAGGAGCGUGGCUGCUCCGGCUGGCACCACAUUCAGCCCUGUGCUCUGGGAGUGUUACUGAAUAGGCAGCCUCCCAUUUUGUACCUCCAGAAGGGAGGCCACCCUCAAAAUAACCCCCGUUUGCCACCCUAGGGGGAGGCAUGAGAGUGAUGCACACAGGACGGGUGCCAGCAUCAGCACUGCUGCUUGCCAGCACUGGUAGCAUUAGGAGGAAGAUGCUCUGCAGCCGCCUGCUGAGGUUCAGCUUGCACAGCUCUGGGUGGCAAACAUUGCUGCAAAAGCUCUUCCCUGGUGUUCUCCUUAUUCAUAUAAAUAUCAUAUAUGUAUGUGUAUCCAAAUAUUUUUAAAUGGCAUUAUCUCAGAUCUCAAGAGGAAAUUGUUUUCCUGUUACUACAGUGUGCAUGUUAUCUAGGCUUGUUCCUUUUUUUU